GAAGUUAUCAGGCAGGACUGUUCCUUACUUCAGACUGAAGGCGGGACUUCCGGUUCCUUCCUACACUUCCGGUUUACACGCUCCUAUGUUUACAUGACUGUGUAGGAAUGUCUCUGUCUCUUUGACUAUAUCAUGUUUAGUCACCUUGCCUGGAAAGAGCAAAGAAUAGAGGGGACUGGGGAACAGGAGGGGAGUUGUGUCCUGCCUGUAACUCCCUCCCCUGUGUCCCUGGCAUUGUCCCUCCCCUGCACUCACAUCUCCAGCCUGGGCUACUGGAUGCUGUAGAGAUGCCGUUCCCCGGUGCCACAUUGGGUGCUGAGCCCCACACUGACCUGUCGCUAUUUAAGAGGGAAGAGGAUGCAGUUCCUGUGACCGAGACAGAACUUGAAUUAUUACAGAUAAAGAUAAAGGAAGAAGAACCGGACCCUGAGGACCAUCAGACUCCAAUGGAAAGCUCAGCAGCUCCACUUACUGAUGGGGGCUCCCUAGAGGCAGAGCCAGGGAUAUUGCAGAUAAAGAUAGAGAAGGAAGACCCUGACUCAGAAGUGCCACUUACUGACUGGGGCUCCUCUGUGCCACCAACAGAUAUGGCCCCGAAAGAAGAACCAGACUCCAGAGAAGAUCUGCUCAAAGCCGAAAGCUCAGAACUUCCAUUUACUGAUACAGACAAUGAGAAGUUACAGAGCUAUGAAGACCAGAAACCACUGAACAACUUGAAGUCCAGCACUAAUCCUGAUAAAUACGCUGCACCAUCUCCACCAUCUGACUGUGCCAAUUGUACCUGUGGCCAAAGCAGCGAUCUCCUGGCCCACACCUGUACUCAGCCUGGGAAUGUUACCGACAGCCAGAUACACAGGGAACCAAAGAAGAAGGGAUUUAGCUGCUCAGAGUGUGGGAAGUGUUUUAAAACUAAAUACUGUUUAAAGGGACAUCGGAUGAUGCACAGAGUGAAGAACCCAUUCACUUGUACAGAAUGUGGAAAGCGCUUCAGAUAUAAACCCCAUCUGCAGAGUCAUCAGAUGGUUCACACAGGGGAGAAACCAUUCACAUGUACAGAAUGUGGGAAGAGAUUCCCAACAAAGAGGGCACUUGACUGCCAUCUUCGACUUCACACAGGAGAAACCCCUUUCACUUGCACAGAAUGUGGGAAAAGCUUCUGUAACAAGGGCAGCCUUCGUCUGCACCGUAAAGUUCACACUGGGGAGAAACCUUUCAAAUGUACAGAAUGUGGCAAAGAGUUUGCUUUAAAGAACAGUCUUGAGACCCACCUUAAAAUUCACACAGGGGAGAAACCAUUCGAGUGCACACAGUGUGGGACAAGCUUCCGCUCGAAAAGUAACCUCUAUAACCACCUUAAGAUUCAUGCAAGGGAGAAACCAUUCAUGUGCAUGGAAUGUGGGGAUUGCUUCUCUGUAAACAGCAAUCUGCUCAGCCACAGCUGUACCCAGUCUGGGGAAUGUAGUUUCACCAGCCGACAAGCACAUUUAAGAGCAUUAGAGAGGCCUUUUAUCUGUACAGAAUGUGGGAAAAGCUACCAUAUUAAAUUUCAUUUACAGGAGCAUCAGAAGACACACACAGGGGAGAAACCAUUUACAUGUACAGAAUGUGGCAAAGGCUUCUCUCGAAAGAGUGGGCUCAAGUGUCACCUUAGAACACACACAGGGGAGAAACCCUACACCUGUACAGAAUGUGGGAGAAACUUUGCUGAAAAAGGCAACCUUCAGAGCCACCACAGAGUUCACACAAUACAUUCAAAUUCUUUCCCAUGUACAGAAUGUGGGAAAAGCUACGUCACCAAGAGCUCCCUUGUAAACCAUCAAAGGGUUCACACUGGGGAGAAACGGUAUAAAUGUGCAGAAUGUGGAGUAGCCUUUGCUGCAAGGGACUCUCUCCAAACCCACUAUAACAGCGAUAGGAACAACUGUGUCGGCCCCGGGCCCAAGCGGCACACAUGUACAGAAUGUGGCAAAAGCUUCAAUUCAAGGUCUAACAUGAAAAGCCACCAAAUGGUUCACACAGGGGAGAAACCUUUCCCAUGCACAGAAUGUGGGAAAUGCUUCAGGAAUAAACUCCAGUUACAUAGACAUCAGUUGGUCCAUACAGAGAAGAAACCCUUCAUGUGCACAGAGUGCGGGAAGGGAUUCUCAAAAAAGUGUUUGUUUGAGAGCCACGUCCGACUUCACACAGGAGAAAGACCUUUUACGUGCACGCAAUGUGGGAGGGGCUUCAGGAAUAAACUUCAGCUACAGAGGCAUGAUAAGAAGCAUACAAAGGGGAAACCCUUCAUAUGCACAGAGUGUGGGAAGGGCUUCACUGCAGAGAGUUUGCUCGAGAGGCAUCAUCGGAUUCAUACGGGAGAGAGACCUUUCCUUUGUAUGGAAUGUGGGAAAAACUUCUCUACCAAGAGCAGCCUUUAUGUGCAUCUCAAAACUCACAGAGGGAAAGCCUUUCCUAUGUACAGAAUGUGGCAAAUGGUUUGCUCUUAAACACCGUUUUGAUAUCCGUCACCUUUCCUAUGUACAGAAUGUUGGAAUAGAUUCCCUACUAAGGGCAACGUUUCCACCAUCAUGCUAGGGAGAAACCAUUCAUGUGCACAGAAUGUGGGAGGGGCUUCAAGAAUAAACUUUAGCUACAGAGGCAUGAGAAGAAGCAUACAAAGGGGAAAUCCUUCAUGUGCACAGAGUGUGGGAAUAGAUUCCCUACUAAGGGCAACAUUUCCACCGUCAUGCUAGGGAGAAACCAUUCAUGUGCACAGAAUGUGGAGAAUGCUUCUCUUUAAAUAACGACCUUGAAAACCCCACGUCUGUUCUCAGUCUGGGGAUUGUAAUUUUACCAACAGACAAACCCAUGUAGGAGCAGCAGAGGGGCAUUUAUCUGUGUACAGUGUGGGCAGCGCUACCAAAAGUAACCUUAUUUAGAGUAUUAGAAGAUCCAUACAGGGGAGAAACCAUUCACAUGUACAGAAUGUUGGAAAUGUUUUCAUUGGAAGCAUUUCCUUUCUAACCCCCACCCCAGAGAACUCAUACAAUGGAAGAAACCCUUGAAAUGUUCAUAGUGUGGGAAGCACUUCAAGUCACGUUGGGCCUUCGGUCACAUAUAAAGGCUCACACAGGAGACAAGUAGAGCAAUGUAACUGCUAAUAGUAAUCUCACCCAACGUGGUACCCAAACUAGCACUAAUGCCUCAUAUCAACCCCAAGCUUUUAUCAUUAACUAUAUUUAUACAGUGUUCAGAAACAAGGCAGAGACUCCCAUGAUCAGCAGAAUGGGCUGAAUAGGAAAGGCUGACUGACUGACUGUGAAAGGCUUUUCUGAGAAGAUAAUCAGAACUAACAGACGUUUGGUGGAAUUAUGGGAGAUCACUGCAGGAUGUAAUUGGUGGGAUUAUAAUCAGUAGGACAUUUGGCUUCCCAUAAAGCCUGUGGCCCCCAUUCCUUGCCUGUCUACCAGCUCCUGAUUGGCUUUGCAAAUCACUUCAUAUAUGGAGCGCAAUGGAAUGGAGCAAAGCAUUUGGGGCGCUCUGAUGAGACUCGUAAUGACUAUGGGGAGUGUUUACCAAGAUCGGAGAUAAAUAUCACCGCAACCAAUCAGAAACAGUCACCUACAAGUUAGAAAUAAAAUGCAAAGAUCUGAUUGGUUGCUAUGGGCAACAUCAUUGGUAAUAUUUAUCUCCAGUCUUUGUAAACACGCCCCUAUAACUGAAAUGGAACCGAGGUUGUUUAGGGAACAUUGUAUUGUAUGGAAUUACACAAAGUCGUGAGUGCAAAUGGUUCGAUAGUUACAGUAAAGUGAAACCUUUUGCUCCAGGGAGCGGAGAGUGGGGCAGUUGCCAGAUCACACACUGAGGGGUAAAUGAUAAUCUAAACAGAACCCUAACUUAGGGUGGGGGGGGACUCCUUUUACCCAUGCUUAAACCAUUCCUGUAUUCGUAGAAUUCUAUGUAUAUCUUGAAUGUACUUGUGCUGAUAUUAUUGCUACACUGGCAUGCAUACACGUAAUGAUAAAAUCAGAUUUGUACCCAUUUGUCUCGUAUGAGGGAACUGGCUGAGCUGGAGAGAGGUGCGGGUCUGCAACUGGGACACAAUGGGCCCCAAUGGCUAACAGGAAGCACAGACAGUGCCCAAAGCCCCACUUCCUUUGCAUACAGAACAGCAUGCAUUCUGGGAAGGAAGCUAGGGGCACCCUCACCUAUACAGAAGUGCAAGAAGCGCAGGUUGGCAAAGUACUUUUCACACAACUGACUGUGACAAUUUUUGCGGCUGCUACUGGCUUGUUAUGUUUUGGAAUAAAGUGGAAAAACACUGAUGCAGAACUGCUUUCCCAGAAUUAUUCUUGUUUUGUAUCCAAAGGAGGAGAUUUAGUCUCUGUGUCAGUGUCUCUUUGUGAUACUAAAAAUUAACUAAGUCCAGACAGUUCUGUAGCUGGGAUUGGAUCAGUACCUUCUUCAGCUGUACUUUAUAAACCCCCUGGCUGACAAUCAGACCAUGAACAUGGCUUCCUCCCCAGGAUUAUCUCAGCACCCUACACCCACACUACUUUGGUUGACUAUAUGUAAGGAGCAUUCUGGGUAAUA